AUGUGUCCGGGCCAGGUGGGCGCGGUAAUUACAGCGGAGGGGAUUUUAGCGCAGGCAACACAGCACAGGAGGCUCGUCUCCCCCGGUAGGCGAAGCUGUUCUCCUCCCGCACAGCCUCUGCAGCGGGGCAGCCCUUUCCCCCCGCGACCCGCCCGCACCCGGGGCGCGCACACGCCGCAGCAGGGAAAGCGACGGGGACCCGGUGGGCUCCCACCUGCGGGGCGGCCCCCGCGGGAAAAGCCCCGCAGCCCGCCCCGCCUCACCUGCCGCCGAAUGGCGGUGCCGCCGCGCCGGCUCUGGGCGCUGCGGCAGCGGCUCCUCCGCGCCCUCCCUCAGCCCGCGCCUCUCCUCGGCGGCGGCGGCGGCCACCGCCACCCCCCAUCCCCCGUCCGGAAGCGGCGGCGGCAGCGCCGGCGGGCGGUGGCGGAAGGGGCGGGACGGGGCGGAAGGACGGGGCCCCUGCCAGGAGGGGCUUCGAGUUGUGGGAGACGCUUGAAACCACGGGUCGGCAGAGCUCCGCAUCCUUCAUCUCAGGGCAUAUGCCAGAAUAAAAUAACAGAGGAAACUUACAGAACCCUCAUACUAGCAGUGCGGCUCUGGAGACCAGGCCGGAGAAGCAGAUUGGAGCCGGUAAAGAUCCAGGAAUGCCCAGCUUGGUACCUGCAUCUGUUUCAAGCGGCUGUGCCGGUCGGGGCAGCGCAGAGGCGAGCGGCCAGCGCUGGGGUGGGGGCCCCGGGCCACCGCAGCGCGGGGACAGCCUGGCUGCCCGACACCUGUGCCGGCCCAUCUCGCACUGAGCGGGGCUGGCAGCGCCCCAGUGCCGCCUCCGGCCGGCGGGAGCGGCGUCUCGCACCGGAUCUCAGCAUGUCUGCGGCAGAGGCGCCGGACACGCAGGACCCUGACGGCGUUGGGACACUCCCGGAGGAUGUGCCCUCCCUCAAGGAAAUCGAGCAGCUCCUAAACACUGGGAGGCCCUCUUGCAAUCACGUUGAUGAAGUAUGGCCUAAUCUCUUCUUAGGGGACCUAGUAACAGCUCACAACAGAUUUGUUUUGUGGAAGAUGGGUGUGACCCACGUUUUAAAUGCUGCCCAUGGCACAGCAUACAGCCACGGAGGCCAGGACUUUUAUGGAGCAACCAUUGAUUAUUAUGGUGUACAGGCCCAUGACCUGCCAAGCUUUGAUAUCAGCCAGUUCUUUUUCUCUGCUGCACAAUUUAUCCACAAUGCCUUGAGCACGCCAGGAGCCAAAAUAUUGGUACAUUGUGCAGUUGGAGUAAGCAGAUCAGCUUCCUUAGUCCUAGCUUAUCUCAUGAUAAAUCACCACCUCCCAUUAGUUGAAGCCAUCAAGACAGUGAAGGAGCAUCGGUGGAUUUCACCCAAUCGUGGUUUUCUGAAGCACCUGCGAAACCUGGAUGUUCAGCUACAGCAAAGGAAGGACUGCUGAACGGACAGCCCUAUCUACAUUCACUUUACUGAGUUUUACCCUUCAGAGCCAUUGUGCACAUACAACUUCCCAUGAUCAAUGCACAUUACAAAAAUGAAGAAAAUUAUGCAUCAAAGUAAAAGGCCAACAAGAGCAGUAAAUGGUUUAACUCUGAUAGCUUGGUUCCUCCAAAACCAGCAUGGCCAACAUCAGCACUGGAACCAUUGCACAGGGUGAAACUGCUGUGCCUUGAGUGGUGCUACUGGAUGAAUCCACUGAAGUGGUUAAGAUAGACCAAGUUUGUCCCUGGUUUGUGUUCAUGCCAGAAGCAAGUUCCAUAAUUGCAUCUAGCUGUAAAAGAUGUUUGAGUCCCCUUUACUUGGGAGCGUAACAUAAUUGUUUUUCUCAGUUUUGUUACAGUUCUCACAUGCAUGUUCUCCUAAGAAAAGAUUUUGUGUUUCAGGCCUGAUGAUGUGCCAAGGGCAGUUUCUUGAGAGCCUAGGCACUCCUACAGAAAUGUGCCUCUUUUGGUGGUCUGCUAAAUUAUUACAGUGUUAUAGAAAGCUGUGACAGCCGGAAGACCCACACCAUCAGAAUAAAUGUCUGUGGUACUUCUGCAGCCUGGGUCAGCAAACCCCACAAGUCUUUUCUUGUUAAAUAUGUUUUCAAAAAGAUAAUGUAUAUCAUGUAGUAUAUUGAGAACAUUAAAAACAAUAUGUCAGGUCUUCAAAGCAUUUUGUAAUUUCAACUCAUAAGUUUGCUCACAUUCCAAAGUAUCCCAAGUCAGUUCUGUGUCAGUGGCUUUGAAUCACUCAUGGUUUAAUAUCAGGCAGACGAUUAGCUUACAUCAGUGGCUUGGUCUAAUUGAUACAAAUUAGUUUUAAGCUGUUUUGAGGAUGUCACUUCUCCUAUCACCAGUUAAUCAGUACCUAAACCAAUGUGAUUUUUAAUACAGCAUCAGCAUUUGAAAUUCACGCUACCACUCUGCCCGAAAAUUAGCUUGUUACCUUGUGGUGAACCAUGAAGUGAUAAUUAAAUUUGU